CGCUCACUCGGUGCCGCUGCUUGGGGGCUGUAGUGACCGUGCCGCUCCUGCUGGGGGCUGCCCACGCCAAGGACCUGCCUCUGUCGUCCCUCUUCCGCCGCCCAGGGAGGCAGUCUGGCUGGACCAGCAGGGGUUCUGUCCUUUGACAUUCUUGUUUGUGAAGAUGGAAAACUUAAUAUCUCUGGAGUCAAGCUUUUACUUGAGAUAACUGAAACCUUGUGCCUUAAGUUUCCCCGCAAGAACGCCCCCCAAGAUGGCAGAGGAGAGCAGCAAUACCAGGGACUGCGUGUCCUUCAGCGUGCUCAACUGGGAUCAGGUUAGCCGGCUGCACGAGGUCCUGACCGAGGUCGUACCCAUCCACGGACGAGGCAACUUUCCAACCUUGGAGAUAACUCUGAAGGACAUCGUCCAGACCGUGCGCGGCCGGCUGGAGGAGGCCGGCAUCAAAGUGCAGGACGUCCGGCUGAACGGCUCCGCGGCGGGCCACGUCUUGGUCAAAGACAACGGCCUGGGUUGCAAAGACCUGGACCUGAUCUUUCACGUGGCUCUUCCCACGGAGGCAGAAUUUCAGCUGGUCCGAGAUGUGGUGCUGUGCUCCCUUCUGAACUUCCUGCCGGAGGGUGUGAACAAGCUCAAAAUCAGCCCGGUCACCCUGAAGGAGGCGUAUGUCCAGAAGCUGGUGAAGGUCUGCACGGACACGGACCGCUGGAGCCUGAUUUCCCUCUCCAACAAGAACGGGAGGAACGUGGAGCUGAAAUUCGUCGACUCCAUCCGGCGCCAGUUUGAGUUCAGUGUGGACUCGUUUCAGAUCAUCCUGGACUCUCUGCUCUUCUUCUAUGACUGCUCCAGCGGCCCCAUCUCUGAGCAUGUCCACCCCACAGUGAUCGGGGAGAGUGUGUACGGGGACUUCGAGGAAGCCUUUGACCACCUGCAGAACAGACUGAUCGCCACCAAGAACCCCGAAGAGAUCAGGGGUGGGGGCCUGCUCAAGUACAGCAACCUUCUCGUGCGGGACUUCCGGCCCACCGACCAGGAAGAAAUCAAAACUCUCGAGCGUUACAUGUGCUCCAGGUUUUUCAUCGACUUCCCGGACAUCCUCGAACAGCAAAGGAAGCUGGAGACCUACCUUCAAAACCACUUUGCCGAAGAAGAGAGGAGCAAGUACGACUACCUCAUGAUCCUUCGCAGGGUAGUGAACGAGAGCACCGUGUGCCUCAUGGGGCACGAGCGGAGGCAGACCCUGAACCUCAUCUCCCUCCUGGCCUUGCGCGUGCUGGCAGAACAAAACAUCAUCCCCAACGCCACCAACGUCACCUGUUACUACCAGCCAGCUCCUUACGUCAGUGAUGGCAACUUCAACAACUACUAUGUUGCCCAUCCCCCAGUCACCUACAGCCAGCCGUACCCUACCUGGCUGCCCUGUAACUAACCUUGAGACCUGAGGGCUUCCACAGUGGGAGCCCCAAUAGGGCAAGGGCUCUCAGGUAGGGGAGCCUCCUUCUAGAUGUAGGUGUUUGGCUUUUAAAGGGGAACUCAGCUCUGAUUCUGCUCUUUUUAUCUUUGUGCACCCAUUGGAAUGGGUCUACAGUAUAUCAUGAGCCAACCCUAAAGGGACCCAUUAUUCCAGUGCCACUUUGGAAAAUGCUAUAGGAAGUACGACCUAUCCACAUCUUUCCAAGAUAGACACUAGCAUGCCAUGUCCCAAACAUCCGCAUGGGGAGAUUGGAGCUCCGUGCGCUAAUGAAAUCUGGGAGAAUGCUUGGGCAGUGUCUCUUCUCAGUCAAGCCUAGAGUAGGCUCUGUUGGCCCUCAUGUGGGAUUCUCAGCUAUUCUAUGAAAGUUGUGGUUUAUAGUCUAUUUUCUUGUACCAAUUUUAGCCAGGCAGAAAAUGGUGGACAUGAGAGUGGUCACAUGACUUCAUUUUUGUUCAAGGGACUGAAUUGCCUAUGUUUGUUCCCUAGUAGCAGAGCUGAGGAUUUCUUUCAUGAAUAAACCAAAGCCGGUAGCUGGAGAAUUGAGAUCUGGUUGACAGUGGUUUAUGGUUUAGAUGGUGUGUUCUCACGAGGAAUUGUGAGAUAUUGCUGAAAAAAAAAAAAAAGACCUUUGCUUGAAAUGUAACUUGAAAACAAAAUAAAAUGUGGAACACAAUGUUAAAGCAGAAUUGUGGUGGCGGCAGGGUGGGGGAGGGGUGAUUGUAAAUAGGAAAUGUGAAUGUUCAGUUUUUGUUUUUUCCCUUUAAGGAAUUCUUAUUGAAUGACACUUCCCCCCCCCCACUUUCGUUUUGCUUUUCCUAAGACUAAGGACUGUGCUGAGUUCCAGAGUCCUUGUAGUAACUGACAUGAGAGAGUCUUCCCAUGUUUUAAUUGGAAACCCGUUUUGGUCACAUUCCAAGUAUGACAAGCUGUUUUUUUUGGAGUCCCUUGGCUGAUUACUUUUUGUUUGUUUUUGUUCUCUCUUCAAAAAAAUAGUGAUUUCCUUCUCCAGGCUUUUUUUGGGGCAGCACAUGAAUUCGGGGUUUUCAGUAGGAAGGAAUGACCUGUGGCAUGACCUGCUGCUGUGGGCAGAGUCCUCUGGCUUCCGAUUGUUUUAGAAUCGAGCCCACUGUCCCUGCGCUGUGUGUGAGGUAGGGCUUCGCACUCAUCUGGGCUUGGUGAGCACCGGGGCUGCCAGGGCACCUUGUAAUGAUUAAUUCUGGUGGAUUCGGGGAAGAAUGGAGUAAAUGGAGAAUGGUCUUCCUUAUUCUGGUAGAUUUGACCAUACUUGUUUAUAUUGUGCACUUUAGAAGGAAAACAGUGUUAAUCUCCAGUCUAAAGCAAGCUUGGUAAACGGGAAAGUUCUAGGCUACUGCUUUCCCAGUUGAUCUAGAUAAGGAAUUUUGUGUUUUGAAACUUUUGUAGAAUCUCUUAGAAAGCCUCACUCUAGGGUACUGAGGGCAAAGGAACUCAGUAUCACCAGCCAGCUUGGUCUAUAAAGUGAUUUCAUCAAAUCCACACUCCUGAUUUUUCCUCUCUCCUGUGGCCAUAAAAAUCCCAACCCCUGAGUGAUUACUCUCCUUUCUCCUUGCUUUAAGCAAUGAAGUUACCUUAAUGCAGAAAGGCUUAGCAGAAAACGAGGGGUUUACCCUUUUCUGAAGAUGGUAUUUUCAGGGUUUUUGGUUUUUUGGGGAAUGUGAUGUGUUGGUCCUCUUAAAAGCAGAUUGGGCAUGACUGAACCCCAGGGCUCAGCUGGUAUCCGUGUCGUGUUACCCUAGGUGAAUAGAAGCCACUUCUCUGUGUAAGUAACCGGCUCCGGUUUGCCUGUGAACUGUAGUUACAUUUGAAUGCACUGGCUUUGAAUCUAGACUGGUUCCAUGUUGAGGGGGGACCCCGGCAUGCUUCAGGGUUAAAAGGGGGGGAAUGAAGAGUGAAUCCCAACUUUAAAAACUACGUGCUCAUCCAUGACAUUAAAAGGCUGCCAUUGUGGUCUAAUGGCAACAUCUUUGUGCAAAAGUGACAGAUCUGAUUAACCAAAACUUUGAGAUGUGAUGAAGCCACCAACAUGAGCAGUUGCUAUCAGAAGUCAGUCAGUAUUGCUCCUACAAGAAGGCUUGGGGAUCAUGGUGUCGAGGCUCCAGACGAAGGUAGAAUCAGAACCAUAUCGAGUAAUUAAAUUUCUACUUUGCCCUUGGAGUUCUUUCUGCUUAUAUUUUUUUUUUUUUUUUUUUUUUUUGCUGACUGGUACUAAUCCUUCUCUGAGGGUGAAAGGAAGCCCAGAAGUGGUUAGAAAUUCCCAGUCUCCCCCUCCACCCCCCCACCAAGUUCUUUACCACCAUUGCACAAUGACCAUCUUGGUGUAAUCUGUUCACCUGAAGUUAGCCAUUUUGGAGUUUGAAAGUAGACACAUGUUCUAGAACCAUUGGGGUAAAAAGCUGCACUGACCAAAGCUGUGUUUCUAAAACAUCUCCCCGGUCCAGUGGUAUCUCUACCUGCUCUACAAGGCCUUUGCCAGCCUCGGAAUAGAUCGGGUAACCUUGAAUUUCAGGUGUUUGGAAAUUCCAGCUGAAACCUGCCUUUUGUGCUGUUCACACAAGCACCAGGUCCUCUGAACUGGUACCAAGCCCUGUGGUUCCUCUUUUUUUGCGUGUUGAGUAACAUGAAACUUGGCAGUGGUCAAGGGCACUAAAGUUCAAGCACAGAUUCUAAUAGAAAUCUAAGCAGGCGCACUUGCUUCAGGACUCUGAAGUUCUCUGAUGCUUUCUGCAAGUAUGCAGCUUGUUUUCCUGGCCUGCUUCUUGGAAUCCAUUCGAGCACUGAGAUUAAAACAGUGCCGUUUCCCCUUGUGUUGGCAGAAAGGCACAGCCUAAAUUCCUGGCCUUGAGCUUCAGUCUCACCCUUAAAUUUUACUUUGGCAGUAAGACGCGAUUCCUCACUCAACUUCAACUCUGAAACGAAACUCGCUAUCACAGACACCUUCCAAUCAGUGUUCCUGCUAACCGCAUGUGGGCUGGGGUGUGGCCCACACCUGGGAGCACCUGGCAGCCGGGGAGACUUGGGUAGGAAGGAUGCUGGGGCCCCGCCCUGUGCUAACAGAUGUGGUUUGGUGGUCAAAUUCCCCCCGCCCCCUGCCAGUCUGAUUUUCCCUGGGGAUUUGAGUCACUGCGAGCUGUGUGUAAACCCAUGUUUUGUGGUGACAUGUUAGUAAUCAAAUCGCUAAUGCCCUGAAUCUGCUCGUCCUUCUGCCUCCCUGCGAGCACUAGCUCUUUACCUUCAUGGUAGGUUAGGGUUCUAACUAGCACUGCUUUGUUAACUUGGAGAAAGGGUGCCACUCAGGUGACUUCCUCACUUUAGGAACGCCUCCUUUCCAGUGAACUUUCUGGUACUGGCGCCUUGUUUUAGGGUGCACAUAGAUUCUGAGCUCAGAUGUAUUGAUAGUUAUUCAUCUGCGGGAAGAGACCCUGUAGCCCCCUGGGGCCAUGAUUUCCUAGGGCUCUCUAUGAGGGAGAACCCUCGGUUGGAUUCUGUAAGGUGAAGAACUCCCAUUUGCCAGGGUUAGAUUCAGAUCUUUAAUCUGGCGGAGACCAGAAUGUCCAGUUGAUUUUGGAACCUAUUCCCGUUCAGCCAAUUACAUUCCGAGGACCAAGGGAGAUACGUAGGGAGGACGUGUUUUAAAAGACCUGGCAACUUUUCAGGAUUACUUGUGGAGACUCCCCAAGGUGAGGAUCAGGAAAGAAAAUGUGUUUUUGUUUUUGUUUUUUUUUUUUUGGUGAGUUCUUAAUCUUGUUUACUUAUCAUUUUUUUUCAAAAAUCAUUUAAGUGUAAGCUAAAGAAAACGCUUGGAGGUUUGCCUGGGCUGGUGAGAGUUGGUACAAAUUGUCGUGUGUGUUUGGAUAGGAAGGUGAGAAGACGAUGCACUAAAGAGGAAGUCGUUAAAUAAAAUGGAUAUGUGGGCGUUUUAAAACUCAAGCCAUCUGGUCUUUUUCCACCCCUCCUCAAAGGAUAAAAAAAAAUAGCUGCUUUAGGAAAAUUAAGAGUUUUUAUUCAAUAAUUUCCAAAUUAAUAUAGAUGAAAAGUAAGAUACUCAGAGUGAAUUGGAAGCUUUUUGCGAUUCUGAAUUUGCAUAGCCUUCAAAAUACUAAUUUCUUAGUGAUGCCUAAGAUAUGUGAGGUUUCCUCUUUGGUGUGAUGGUCAUUGACCUUCUUAUGUGAUGAAGGUGAAAUCACUUGUCAGUGCAAACUGUCUUAGAAGUUGAUGAAAUAAAGCUUUGAGUUUGAGAAAUAAAGAUAUAUUUAAAAAAAAA